AAAUUAAUAAAAUUGUGGUGUAAGGUCUUAAUUUCUGUAAUAUAAAUUCCCCUACAUUUACUGAAAUUUUCCCUCUUCUUCCCCUUACCCUACUGUUUCGAUAUCGUUUUCCCUCCUCCUUUCUCCAUUCUCCAUUGAUGAACCAGAAGGAGGAGACACAGAAACUGAAAAAUGGUUGGAGUGAAUAGUUUUGGGAAAACCAUUUGCUCAAUUUGCUAUGAAGAUCUAAACCCUAUCAUCGAAGAUCUUCAAGCCGUUACUAUUUGUGGUCAUGUUUUUCAUGAGCUAUGGUUAGCUUCUCCUUUUCUAAAUCGAUUUGGUCUUCAGCAAUGGUUUGAAUACUGCACAAAAGGAAAAAAGAAGAAUUGCCCAGUUUGCAAACAGGCUUGUUCGGAAGAAAAUGCAAAUAGGCUUUAUUUCCAAUCUAUUGGUGAUCCAAAUGUUACAAGUCUUACGCAGAAACCUCCUGAUUAUGAAGAGGAUCAUUGGGAGUUGCAAAAUGAGGUCAAAAGAUUGGAGAGGAAAGUUGUAGGACUGACUUCCACUCUGGAAAAACAGCUGAAAGAUCUCAAAGAAGUCAAUGCAGAGCUGUUCACGUGCAAGGAGGAGCUGAAAAUGGAAAUGACUCUAAAGAUAGAAGCUGUGAAACAGGAGGCAGCCAUUCAACAGUUGCUACACCUUAAAUCCAAGGAGCUAGAUCAAUCGACUUUGGAGUGCAUAAAGCUACAAGAUAGAAAUAUGGCUCUAGCUAAGGAGCUUGCAACACUCAAGUUAGUCUGCGAUUUUAACUUGGAAGAAGAGGAGGUCUUGAAACGUGCUUCGUUAAGAGAUGACGUCAAUAGACUAGAGACAAUUGAUGUCUUGAAAAAAUCACUAGUCAUCCGUAACAAGAAUUACGAAGAACUGAUGACCAAGUGCAACACUCUAGACAGGCGAGAGGUUCGUUAUCUGAGGAAACUUCAGAAAACUAAAGAGAAGAAAAAUAACUUGAAGGCCAGGGUCCAAGAACUUGAGAUGGCACUUGAAGGAAAAGAUAAUGAAAUUUUGAGAAUUUCGAAAGCCUCCAAGAAAAACUAUCACUGGAGGAAAGAACCCGAAGUUGACAGAUGUUCAUAUGAGAAUCAAAACAAGGAACCUGCUGAGACAGAAGUAGAUCUGUGCAUCGUCACUGGCUCAUGUGAUGAUUUAUCUACACCAAAGAGAAAAAGAAAGUACAGGUCUAAGGAUAAGAGCAUACCAAACAUGGCAGAAGAUAUUAUAGCUAGCAGUCUUCACAAAAAUAAUCAUGAGAAAGAAUCCUCCAAAAGAAACAAAGAUGGAGGCACUUCAGAGACUUCCAGUUAUGUGCAUGAAGGAUCAUAUCAAAACUUGCACCAACCAUUUGACCAUAAGAAGGUUGUCCAUGAUAGUUUUUUGUCAAGGUCGGAUGCAGUUUUUGGGGCCACUGGUGGAAGUCUAGGGCAUGAAUCAGGAAAUAAGGAUGGAAUGGAAGCCUCAAGUAAUUGCAGCAAGAACAGUAAAAAAAACAUGCCCCCAGUGAUUAUUCUUGAUGAUGAUGAUGAUCUUCCGCCUUUAGAUGAUAUUACACAACAACAGCCCGCAUUUCACAUCAGGAAAGAGACUUUUCCACCAGUUGUACUUGUCAAACCAGGAGACCGCUGCUUUUCUGGUGGAUUGCUAGGUCCUGAUGGGAAUUACCGGCACUUGGGAAAGUGGUGUAAGAGAAAGUAAACGACUAGGAUCUGGAUUGCUGUCUUGAUGCAAGGAUCAGGUGCAAGUGCUGGUGAUUUGAUUUCAGUAAGAGGUGAUGGUAGAGGUGGUUGUAUCAAAUUUCUGCAAUCCAAAAAUUCGGCAUCACUGGAAGACUAAUGCUAAAGGUGGAACCUUAUUUGUUUUCAGCAUAACAAUACUGAGAGUUUUCCAGCAUUCAAGAGAUACAUGGGCCACACCAAAUCAAAGUAGUUCCCAGUCUCCAAAGAUUAUUGCAAGUAGAUAGCUUCUUCAGAAAGGUCGGUGAAUACUUGUAUUCAUAGUUCUUGUGGAUUUCCGUACCCAUGGAAGACAUAGAUAAUCCAUUCCCCUGUACAGUGUUUAGGGCUUGUAUUUUAGCAACCUAGUUGUACUUACAUUUGCUUGAUUAGUUAUGUUGCUCGAUCAAUACAUAUUGGAAGUGCGUCCCUGUGGUUCUGAAGAUAGUGAUACAGUUGUUCCAUGCAUUUCAUUUUUUCUAGUUGCUUACUAGGGGAAAGAAGACGAUACAUCUGCUUGUGUUAAUGCCCUGAUUUGCAGCCGACUUUUUAGUACGGACAAUCUCUUCACAUUGAGCAUG